UGCUGCGUUGAUGGUGAUGGCUCUGCCCUUUGCUGCUUAGCUUGUGCCUGAUUGGUGGGAUUGUGGCCAGACCAGACAGGUGCUGAGUGGGGGACCCAUGUCAUUUCAGAUGCCAGUGACGUUUGAGGAGGUGGCCGUGUACUUCUCUGAAGAUGAAUGGGCUCUUUUAGAUGAAAAGCAGAAGGAACUCUACAGAGAUGUCAUGCAGGAGAAUUAUGAGACUCUCCUCUCGUUGGGAUUUCCGAUUGCUAAACCAGAUGUGCUAUCCCAGAUGAAGCAAGGGGAAGAGAUGUGGCUCCCAGAUCUCCAGGGCUCUGCGGAAAGGGAAAUCCCAAGAGGCACUAAGACAGGUACCGGGACAGCAAGUGAAAACAAGAAGGAGAGUCCCCAGCAGGAAGGGGCUGUGGGAGUGAAGAUGCACAGGAUGUUCUCAGGAAAACCGCAGGGCCCUGAUGGGGCAGAUGUCAGCAAGAGUCAGGACAGAAUGGGGCGGCAGAGAGGAGACUCUCCAGGCAGGAGUAAAUCUACUCACAGCAAAAGAGGCUUGAGGAAAUCCACAGACACCAGCGCCCACCCGGUAACCCAUAUUGGGUUGACACCAAAUACCAUCAAUGAACUGGGGGAAAGAGUCAGUAACAGCUCUCUUCUUAUUCAACAUUAUCGGCAAACUAGUGCAGAAAAGAGUGCCGUCAGGUGUAGUGAGUGUGGCAAAAGCUUCACUCGACAAGAAUACCUUCAGAUACAUCUGAAAAUUCACAGAAGGGAGAGACCCUAUAAAUGUAACAAAUGCAAGAAAAGCUUCAGACACAAGACAAGCCUUGUUCUUCACCGUUACACAGUCCACAAGUCAGAGAGACCCCAUAAGUGUCCAGACUGCGGCCAGCUCUUUAUUCUGAGAGAGAGAUUUAUUCAGCAUCAGAGAAUCCACAACGAAGAGGGAUCUAGAGGGUUUAACGAUGGGAUUGUGAGUGAGAACAGGGACAAGAAUCCCCAGAAGAAAGGGUCUGCGAGAGCAAAGCCAGACAUGAUGUUGUCGGGGAAACCCCAGUGCCCUGAGUGGGGAGAUGCCAGUGAGAGUAGGGGCAAGGUGAGACAGCAGCACGGAGACCCUCCAGACUCGAGACAAAGUAAAUCCACUUGCAGCAAAACAGGCUUAAGGAAAUCCAAAGACACCAGCACACAGCAUACAGACUGCAUGGGGAAGAGACCAAAUACAGACACUGAACUUGGGGAAAUUUUCAAUGACUGCUCUCUCCUGAUUAAGCAUCAUCAGACUGGUGCAGAAAAGAGUGCUUACAAGUGUAGUGAGUGUAGGAAAAGCUUCACUCAAGAAAAAUACCUUCAGAUACAUCUGAGAACUCACAAAGGAGAGAGACCUUAUAAAUGUAAAGAAUGCGGGAAAAGCUUCAGUCGGAGUUCAGUGCUCAAAGAUCACACCAUGAGUCACAGAAUGGAACAACCUUAUAAAUGUACUGAGUGUGGGAAAAGAUUCAGAGCGAAGACAAUCCUUAUAUAUCAUCGUUACAUAGUCCACAGGGUGGAGAGACCCUAUAAGUGUCCAUACUGUGGCCAGCAAUUUGUCCUAAGAGAGAGACUUGUUCAACAUCAGAGAAUCCACAAAGAAGAGGAACCUAGAGGAUUUAAUGAUGGGAUCAUGAGUGAAGAUGAAGCUAAGAAUCUCCAGCGGGAAGGGCUUGCAGGAGCAGAACCACAGAGGACAUCAUCGGGGAGACCCCGGGGUCCUGAGCAGGGAGGAGGCUGUGGAAGUCAGGGCAUGGCACGAAGGCAGCAGAGACGCCCUGCAGGCAAAAGAGGCAGUAUAUCUAAUCAACGCGAGAGAGAUUCCAAGAAAUUGAAAAGCACCAUCGCCCACCAGGGCACCAACACCGGAGCACAAACAAGCACAAAUGGUGACAAUGAGAAAAGCUUCAGUAGCAACUCAGCUCUUUCUGUGCAUCAGAAAACCCACCUGGAAGAGAAACGUUACAGCUGUGCUGAAUGUGGGAAAAGCUACCACCAGCAUGCUCACCUUCGAAGGCAUCAGAAAAACCAUACAGGAGAGAGACCCUAUGUAUGUGCGGACUGUGGAAAGAGCUUUGUGUACAGGUCAAUACUCAGCAGACAUGAAAGGACCCACAAAGAGGAGAAAAACUAUAGCUGCACUGACUGUGGGAAAAACUUCAGCGAGUACUCAUACCUUACUAUGCAUCAGAGAAUCCACAGGGAAGAGAGACCCUAUCAGUGUCCCGACUGCGACAAAAGCUUCAGGCUGCGAGGACACUUUACCAGUCACUGUAGAACCCACACAGGGGAUAAACCUUACAAAUGCACCGAAUGCGGGCAAGGCUUUGGGCGGAAAUCAACCCUGACUAAACACAUGAGGAUCCACACCGGAGAGCGGCCCUAUAAAUGUGCGCAGUGUGAUAAAAGCUUUCGUCAGAAGUUCGCCCUUUCCCAGCAUCAGUUAAUACACCAGGGAGAGAGGCCUCACAAAUGUACUGAAUGUGGGAAAAUCUUUCUUCAGAAGUCCCACCUUACCACGCAUCAGUCUGUGCAUCGGGGAGAUAGACCUCACAAAUGUACUGAAUGUGGGAAAAGCUUCAAUGACCGAUCAAAUCUUCUUAAACACUUGGCAAAUGUCCACUUGAAAAAGAAACCCCAUACAGCAAAUGUAACUUCAGGUUAAAUAGAUCUACAAUUGUAAUGAUAGAAAAUAAUGGGCUGGUACUUUUUUGAUUCUGGUGAGACACUUCUCCACUCAUACUUAUUCUAAAAUACAAGGUUUAAGGAGGAUGGGUUGGUAGUAUCACCUUAUUUAUGAUCAUGGGAGUGAGAUGUGGGAGGGGGACAAAGCUGAUGAAGAGAGGAACUGAUCUGUCAAUGGGUUUUGGGGAUGGUUAGUGGGAAUUUCAAGGGAGUGGAGUUGAAUUUUGCAAGUUGAGCAGCGGCAUGCCAUCUAUGGAUGCAAUGCAUGGAUUGCAUUCCCAUGUGAGCCCUGAAUAUGACUUCCUGACUGGCUGUGCCAGUGGGACGAUUCCAUCCGGCCCCUGAACACACUACAGAACAAAAUGGCAUCCUCCGCACAUUGCGAAGACACAGGUAUUUAACAUGGCACUCUACAAACGGAUUAAAACCUGGCGAACUGAGAUGUCUCAAUCUGUAACUGUAAACAGGGAAUCCUCAUUGAGCAGGUGUGU